CCCUAUAUAAACCUGUCCGCGGACCCAGUCCUCAAUCACAGCAGCGACAACUCCUGCCUACAGCCAGACGCACGUCCAGCACACAGCCACCAACGCCCACCAUGAAGCUGAUCCUGAUCCUGAGUGCUGUAGUCGUGGCGGUGCUGGCUGUCCCCCAGAGCGGAAAGGACGCCACCAUCGUCGAGCUGACCAACGACAAUGACGGACUCGGCCAGUACAACUUCGCGUACCGCACCAGUGACGGCAUCGCGCGGCAGGAGCAGGGCGCGCUGAAGAACGCCGGCUCCGAGAACGAAGCCAUCGAGGUCCAGGGCAGCUACACCUACAAGGGCGUCGACGGCAAGGACUACACCGUCACCUUCGUCGCCAACGAGAACGGCUACCAGCCACGCGUGCAGUCGUAAGCCGGACCGGGACCUGACCUGACGACGGUACAACCAACUCUACAAAGAGUGGCCAGUUCGCUUUUCCUACGCCGACUUCGCUUCAGUGCCAACAAACCGACAUCGGCUUCUACACAUACCUAUAUGUUUUACAAACAUAUCACAUGAUAUUCUUCAUAUUUUGUGAAGUUAUUUGCCAUCAAAUAAAUUUUAUUUUAUAA